GCAGGCGGGCGGAACUGGCCGGGGAGCGAGGGAGGGGCCGGGGCCAGGUAGAGCUGCCCUGCGGCGGGGCGCGGAGGGCCGGGAUGAGGUGCUGCCGCCUCUGCAGAUUCGACGCGGCCCGCGGCCCCCGGCGGCUUAUGCGCGUGGGCCUCGCGCUGAUCCUGGUGGGCCACGUGAACCUGCUCCUGGGGGCCGUGCUGCACGGCACCGUCCUGCGACACGUGGCCAAUCCCCGCGGCGCCGUCACCCCGGAGUACACCACGGCCAAUGUCAUCUCCGUGGGCUCGGGGCUGCUGAGUGUUUCCGUGGGACUUGUGGCCCUCUUGGCAUCCAGGAACCUUCUGCGCCCAGGACUGCACUGGGCUCUCCUGGCGCUAGCUCUGGCGAACCUGCUCUUAUCUGCUGCCUGCUCCCUGGGCGUCCUCCUUGCUGUGUCACUUACUGUGGCCAACGGUGGCCGCCGUCUUAUUGCUGACUGCCAUCCAGGACUGCUGGAUCCUUUGCUACCGAUGGACCAGGGGCCUGGACGCACCGACUGCCCCUUUGACCCCACAAGAAUCUAUGACACAGCCUUGGCUCUCUGGAUCCCUUCUUUAGUCAUGUCUGCUGGAGAGGCCGCUCUAUCUGGUUACUGCUGUGUGGCUGCACUCACCUUACGUGGGGUCGGGCCCUGCAGGAAGGAAGGGCUUCAGGAGCAGCUGGAGGAACUGACAGAGUUUGAACUUCCUAAGUGUAAAAGACAGGAAAAUGAGCAGCUACUGGAUCAAAAUCAAGAAAUCCAGUCAUCACACAAAAGCUGGGCCUAGGACAGGUGUGGAUCCAGAGGCUCAGUACACAAGGUUUUCCACUGACCCCCAGGAUCACAUAAACAGUUAUAAUAAAAUAAUUCUUUUCUUCUA